GGGACUGCAUUCUAAAUUUACUCUGAAAUGUAAAAUGUGUCAAGAAACAUUUUACAUAGAAAACGAAGCUCCAGGUGACAUCGGAAUAAAUGAUUCUGCAGUUGCAUGUGGACACUAUCAACUGCAAGAGUUUUCUGCAGCCUUGAAUUUACCAAUUAUAACAUUAUAUACAUUUAACACAAGUCAUUCCAAGUUAACAAAUCAUUGGGAAAAAAUUUCAUUAGCAUCUAUGACUGCAGCGGCUCAAAAGGAACGAGAAAUGGCAAUAAAAGAAGGACGCGUUGAUAAAAAUGGCGUACCUAUUAUCGAUGUUAUAGUAGAUGGAUGUUUUUCAAAGAGAACAUACAAAAAAAAAAUAUUGAAUGCAGGAACGACCUUUUACGUAAUUUAUGUAAUAAACUUGCAGCUUUACAGACGGACAAAAAAUAUUUACUGAAUACCCAAAAAAGAAUUUAAACUUUGAGAAAGACAAUCAGAAAAAUGAUUUCCACUUAUACAGCUGCAACAGAAUCAGAACGAAAAAUAACAUAGAAAUGUUGGAUAAUGAUUUACUUUUGGCUCAUUUACAUGCUUUCGAAAAUCAUAAUAGGUGCAAAACAUAUUUUUGUGAUUUAGAUAGAACCAAGCCACCAGGUCUAGAGAAUGAUUUUUAUGUGAGCAUACUUUGGACAAAAAUUUGCCUCUUAUUGUCAACUUUGACCUCACACUGUCCUAGUUUAAUCCAUGACAUCGAUUCAAAUACUGUUGAGAGAUUCAAUAGUAUAAUAGCCAAACUCGUAGGAGGCAAAAGGAUAAAUUUUAGUUUAAGAGGAUCCUAUUAGACAAGAUGUCAAGCUGCUGUUGUUUCUUUUAACACACAGAAAGUUUUAUCAUCUGUAUUUAAAUCAAUUGCGGGUCGUAGUCCUCGUGGCUCUAUAAAAAACCUUGAAAAUAAUCGAAAAAAGAAACUGAAAAAGACGAAUUUGAUUCCGAGGAAGAAAAAUAAUUUCGAAAGGAGAAGAUAUACAUUAUGGCGAAAAAUGCGAAAUACCUGACAUGUUACCCCAUAUAUUCGAAAAAGAAAAAGAAACUUUUUUACAAAAUUUGGUAAAGACUAGACAGAAGCAGAAAAUAGAGAGAGAUACUGUACUUCAUAGCUCAUGUAGUGAGUGGCUUCAACUGAGGCGCAAUAUAUUGACAACUUCAAAUUUUGGGAGAAUUAUUAAGAGACGACACGAUAUAAGCUGCUAAAAUCUCGUUCGAGAUAUACUUUACAAAGACUCCAUUGCACAUGUACAAGCUGUUAAACAUGGCAAAGACAAUGAAGAAAAGGGAUUACGCCAGUUAGAAAAACAAGAAAAUGUGAAAAGAUUAGCUUGUGGUCUCUACAUAGACGAAAAGUGUCAUUUUCUUGGUGCAACACCAGACGGUAUUAUAGACGAUGAUACUAUAGUUGAACUAAAGUCCAAUUACUGUUUACAAUAAAGAUAUAAGAGAUGUUGUUAAAAAUAAGAAAUUACCAUUUUAUAAAAUUAAACACAACAAUGAACUUGUUAUGAAUAGAACCCACAAUUGGUACUACCAAGUACAGGGUCAACUAAAUAUUACAAACAAACAGAAAUGUUUGUUUGCAAUCUGGUGCGGAGAAAAUUUUCCAUUAAAAACUGAAAUAAUUUUAAAAGAUGAAAUCUUUUGGGAGAAUACGAUGAAGCCAAAACUAGUGCAAUUUUAUACCGAGUGCUUACUUCCCGAAUAAGUAGACCCCAGAUUUCCUCGAAAUAUGAAGAUAAGAGACCCUUUGUAUAUACAAGAAGCAAUGCGUAAAAAAGAAGAGAAAAGACAAUCACGAAAAAGAAUACAUACAGGAGAGCAAAGUGCAAACCAAUAAUACGAAGAGCAAAUAAUAGAAAAAGAAAAUGAAGAAAUAUAUUUAGAACAAGAAAUACGAUCGACAACAAAUGUUCUACUAAGUAAUCACGAAAUGGUUGAUCAAGAAAAUGAAAAUGCUAUACAAUUGCAGGAGUUACCUAAUGAUUUAAACGUACAAGUGCUAAUGGAACGAAACUCUAAUACCCAUAAUGUACAAAGGAAGAAGAGGAAAUUUGGCAGAGGAUUAAAAUUUAACGAGUUUUGAAUAUAUUGUGUUCCAUUUACAUAUGUAAUAAACAGUUAUUUGUGCUUUUAAUAUAAGUUUUUACUAACUUGUUGUUGUUCUAUUUUUUUUAUACUUUUUGAAGAUUAAUUUAACUGCAUUUUAGGAUUAAAAAAAAUCUUACAUGUUUUACUACAGAAAUGGAUUCUGCAAAUUGUAGCGAAUAAAAAGCAUAUUUUCAUACAGUUGCUGCAAGUUGCUGAAUACCAAAAUUUUGUAGUUUUGCAUUAUGAAAAAUUAUGUAAGUAUGUUAUAUAAGUUCUAGCAACUUUGAAGAAAUUACAUCGUAAAAUUAUUUGUUUAUCAUGGGAAAAAAAUAAUUAAUUAAAAAUUGAAAAGUAGGUCCGGCAUAUAUGACCCAGGCCCGGUGCAAAAAAUGUAUAUCUCAUUUUUUAGAUUAUUAUCAACUAUUAAAUAUACAUUUUUUUUUUUCAAAAUCGAUGGCUAUUAUGAAAAUAUUGCUAUAUCAUUAUUAUGGGAGAUUUAUUUGUGUAACAUUAUUGUGCUAUCAAUCAAAAAAACAACUUGCAUUUUUAUUGAACACUUUCUAUUCAAUUCACAAAGUAUUUUAUGUAAUCAUAUUAAUAUUUUAUAUUCGUUACUAAGUAUCUGUGCUAAUAAAUAAAUAAAAAGUAAUAAAUUUACAAUCUCAAAACUAGAUAGAAACUCAAAGUAGGCAGAUGCAAUUAAAACGCUGUAGGUGGGCGACAUCGACAGCCCUAUCUCAUGCUUACGUACCGCGCGGCUGUAGGCACUUAUUUAAAGGACACGGUCGAGUUACAAUUCUGUAUAGGGGUCAGUUUCAAAAAAAAAUGUACAUUUUAACAUUAUUUUUGUCCCAAGUAGAUUAUUUUCAUUCCAAACCAGUUAAUAAAAGACAUGUUCUUGAUUAAUUUGAAUAAUUCACAUACUUACAUUGCGACUAAUACCAUUUUCUACUCAGACUAAUAUAAUAUUUUAUU